AUGGAUUCUGAACCCCUUGAGGUGUGCAUGAGCCAGGCCGUGCAGCCCAGACCCGUGGGGACCCGUGGUCAGCUGAGUGCGGGGCAGCUGCUCACCUGAAUUGAUGCCUGUGCCUGCCUGGCCGAGGAAAAGCAUGCUGGUGUGUCCUGCAUCACAGCCUCAGUGGAUGACAUCCAGUUUGAAGAGACGGCAAGAGUUGGACAAGUGAUAACUAUCCGAGCUAAAGUUACUAGAGCAUUCAGCACAAGCAUGGAGAUCAGUAUCAGGGUCACGGUACAGGAUGUGCUCACUGGUAUUGAGAAGCUUGUCAGUGUGGCUUUCUCGACAUUUGUAGUCAAACCAAAUGGAAAUGAAAAGAUUCAUUUGAAGUCGAUAACACUCCUAACCGAGCAAGACCGUGUAGAGCACGAUCUGGCUUCCGAGAGAAGGAAGGUUCGAUUACAGCACGAAGAGACCUUUCACAGCCUGAUGGUGGAGAGUGACCCCAGUGAUGAUGAAGAGGAAGGAACUGUGUCUACAAAGGGCACCUUGGUGCAGAGCCUCGAGCUGGUCCUUCCGCCCCAUGCUAACCACCACGGAAACACGUUCGGGGGCCAAAUCAUGGCUUGGAUGGAGGUUGUGGCCACCAUUGCUGCAGGACUUCACGCUCACCCCCUCCUGAAGUCUGUGGACAUGUUUAAGUUUCGGGGACCGUCCACAGUGGGAGACUGACUUGUCUUCAAUGCCAUUGUCAACAAUACAUUCCAGACCUGUGCUGAGAUUGGUGUCCGUGUGGAGGCCUUUGACUGCCGGGAGUGGGCUGAGGGCCAAGGCCGCCAUAUCAACAGUGCGUUCCUCAUUUACAACGUGGUGGACAAGGAGGGCAAACUCGUCACCUUCCCCAGGAUCAAGCCUGGCUCCAAGGAUUAUCUCAGACGCUAUCGGGGAGCUAUUGCCCGCAAGAGAAUCCGCCUAGGCAGGAAAUAUGUCAUUUCCCGCAAGGAAUGCAUACACUGGGAUAGAAGCGAGCAGGCCUCUCUGAGUGAUGGCAACGUGGCGGCCCUCAGGAAGCUGGCAGCCAAGACGGGUUGGGAGGUGACCAGUAUUGCAGAAAAGAUAAAAAUAUACACUCUGGAAGAGCAGGAUGUCUUGUCUGUUUGGGUUGAAAAGUGGGUGUCAAACCCAGUGCAUUUGGCCUAUCGCCUCCUGUCUGACUUCACCAGGCGGCCUCUGUGGGAUCCCCAUUACACGUCCUGUGAAGUCAUAGAUGGGGUGAGUGAGGAUGACCUAUUAUACCACAUCACUUAUCCUGCAAUGAAUGGCGAUAAGCCCAAGGACUUGGUGGUGCUUGUGUCAUGAAGAAAGUCUCUCAAAGACGGGGACACCUACACAGUGGCCGUGAGGUCAGUGGUUUUGCCGUCAGUACCACCAUCCCCACGGCAUGCCAGGAGUGAGAUCAUGUGUGCUGGUUUCCUCAUCCAUGCUGUUGACUGCAGCUCAUGCAUCGUGUCUUACUUUAACCAUAUUUCUGCCAAUAUCCUUCCUUACUUUACUGGAAAUCUUGGUGGCUGGUCCAAGUCCAUUGAAGAAACAGCAGCCUCUUGUAUACGGUUCAUAGAAAAUGCUACUAACGACAGGUUUACAAGCACAUUGUAA